UUGCCACUCUGACGUCAGCGCGUACUCAGAGCGGACUAGCAUAGCAUCGUGGCCGUGUCUGCCCUUCACAUCCGUCCACAUCCUACUAGGCUUUGCUCCCUAGCGCAGCACAACGAUGGCCAUGCUCAAGUCAAACAAGGUGAUCUACUGCCUGGGGAAGAUUUCCCCGUCCCUGGGAGUUGUGUCCACCCGCAACAGCUCAUGGUGGGGUGGAGUGCAGAUGGGUCCCCCCGAUCCCAUCCUGGGGGUGAGCGAGGCCUACAAGAGGGACACAAACCCCAAGAAGAUGAAUCUGGGAGUCGGAGCCUACAGGGAUGACCAGGGCAAGCCAUUUGUGCUCAGCUGUGUGCGCAAGGCAGAGGCUGUUAUUACAGCCAAACAGAUGGAUAAGGAGUACCUUGCCAUUGGUGGUUUGGGGGAGUUUACCAAGUCCUGCGCCCAGCUCGCUCUCGGUAAUGACAAUGAGGUCCUGAAAAGUGGCAGGAACAUUACUGUCCAGACCAUCUCGGGAACUGGAUCUCUGCGCAUUGGAGCCAACUUUUUGUCUCGAUUCCAUGGUCCACGUGAUGUGUACCUGCCCAAACCCUCCUGGGGAAACCACACACCCAUCUUCAGAGACGCCGGCAUGCAGCUCAAAGCAUACAGAUACUACGAUCCGUCCACCUGUGGCUUUGACUUCAAGGGAGCUCUCGAUGACAUCUCUAAAAUCCCAGAGCAAAGUGUGAUCAUGUUGCAUGCUUGUGCCCACAACCCCACUGGUGUGGACCCCAGGCCUGAGCAGUGGAAGGAGAUCUCUGACAUUGUGAAGAAAAGAAACCUGCUUGUGUUCUUCGACAUGGCCUAUCAGGGCUUCGCAAGUGGAGACAUCGAUCGUGAUGCCUGGGCUGUGCGCUACUUCAUUGAACAGGGCCACAACAUCCUGCUGUCCCAGUCCUUUGCCAAGAACAUGGGACUCUAUGGUGAGCGUGUGGGUGGCUUCACUGUGGUUUGUAAUGACGCAGAGGAGGCAAAGAGAGUGGAGUCUCAACUUAAGAUCCUCAUCAGACCCAUUUAUUCCAACCCGCCAAUGAACGGCGCCAGAAUUGCAGCAACCAUUCUCAACACACCAGAUCUGCGCUCACUGUGGCUGGAGGAGGUCCAUGGGAUGGCCAACCGCAUCAUUAAGAUGAGAGAAGAGCUAGUGGCUGGUCUGAAAAAGGAGGGCUCCACCCACAACUGGCAGCAUGUCAUUGACCAGAUUGGGAUGUUCUGCUUCACAGGCCUCAAACCCGAACAGGUUGAGCGCCUGACCAAGGAGUUUUCAGUGUACAUGACCAAGGAUGGCAGAAUUUCCAUGGCAGGCGUGACCUCUGGGAAUGUGGGCUACCUGGCACACGGCAUCCAUGCAGUCACCAAGUAGAGUGGAUCCUGCUGGGAGAGUUACGAAAUCAAAGCAGCAGUGUUGACGAGGAGCUUAAUGCGUCACUUAUUCUCUGUCUCCUCCAUUCCACGUUUUAGAAAAGAGCUCAAUAUUUAGUUAAGACACACAAGUUCAACUUGGAACAGAUGCUGCUGUCAAAACAGUUUAGUUUCUGUUUAACUUUUGUUUGUACAACAUUUCAUUGAACAGGGUCCCCUGCCAAAUUGUAAAAUACAUAUUUUCUUCCACUACUGAUGAAUCAUCUUUGCUUAUUUAUUAUGAAAAAUCAACUGUUGGCUGUGCAUUAGUGUCCUCCUAAAUGUGUGCUGUUGAUGUGCUGGGGCACCAUUAACUAUAAAACAUCCAGGAACCAACAGCAGGUUGGAAUGAAUCAAUUUCACCUACAAGUUGAGAUCUCUUUUGUUAUGUUAAGCCUUUUUUUUUCUUCUUAAUUUUAAUGGUGGAGUCGUAGCACUUUAUAAGUUGUAAGGCACUGUUGACUUUCAAGAUUAGGCCGGCAUCUUAACUUAUUUGUUAGUAGUUAAUCAAUUCACUAUCAGGCUAUUCUGUGGUUGUCCAUCUGGACUAAUCAAUCAUCGAGUAAUUUCCAAAUUAUCUCCGUUUUGAAAUUUUCCGAGCUAUCUCUCAGUCAGUCCCUCUUUAACCCCCGAUGCAAACAAGCACACAAGGCAAACAUGGUUAAAAGCAUUUAAUACUUGGAAUGAAUUCCACAAUGGAGAUGUUUUCCAUAUUUCACCAUAUCCCCACAUCAAUAGCCCAAUUUUUAAAUUUUAUUUUAAUCAUGGAGUAUUUGAUACAAGUACAAACGUCUCUGUGUGGGUAAUAAAGAUGAGUGGAGUACGUUAACGGGGUGAACACCAGACAGUUCCUAAAGAAACAUGCACAUGCUGCUCUUACACUCAGACAUCAAGAUGUAUGUGUGUAUGUUAGUGUAUCAAUCUGUUCAUCAUUGAUACAGUGAGGCACAAACAACACUUAGAAAUGUGGGGUUUUCCCCCAGUCAACUCAUACCUCUCAAACGUCUGCCAGUACUCCUCCAUGUUUUGCAUUCUGUCAUAAAAUAAUGGAUCUUUUGGCAUGUACCUUAUUGAACAAACAAUAAAUGGAUAUAGAGGAAU